AUGUCUCAACACGAGUCGCUGGUAACCAUUCAUCUUGUUGAUUUUAUAAUUCCAAAUCUUGAUACACUCUAUUCCGACACGCGUUUCACGCUCUUGUUGCUUGUAAAUAAAUUAAGAGCGCCUCUUCGGGUUGGAUUUUCAAAUCGGUUCAUACAUUGUGGACAAAUUCCAUCAGCAAACAAGGAACGUCCAGGUUGUCCCGACGUGAAAAUUUCCUACCAUUUGAAUUGUAUCAUUAUUGUAGAAUAUUAUGAUCAGUGUAUUCAAUUUUAUGAGUUGUACUCAAAACAAAAAUUAUCGGCUUUUAGAACAGUCAAUCCACCACGAUGUUUAUGCGUCGAGGAGAAUUAUGAUGGACAACAGAAUGAUGCUUUAAUAUUUGAUUGUGAUUGUGAUGGUAAUUUAUACAAAUAUGAUGUGAAAGCCUUGAUUCAAAACGGAAAUAACUGUAGUCCCAUCUGGAUUCAAAACGUCCAAGGUGGUCACAUACUUUCUGGAAUUACAAUUAGCAGAAACACUGAAUCAUUUUCGGAGAAAUUCAUUUACGUAGCUAGUUGCGGAAGUGAUAGUGUGAUCAUUUUGAAAGCAAGCAAUGGUCAACAAGUUGGAAAAAUUUCCAAAAUUUCAUCACCUUGUGGUAUUGACAUAACAGAGAAGGGAGAGUUAAUUGUUUCUACAUUGAAUGGCCUAGUUCAGUUAUUUACUCAGCGGGCAUUACAUACUUUUGAGUCGAAAGUCGUCCUUUCCAAAGGCGUUUUUGACUCUCCAAGAGGAAUUUGUUAUGAUCCCGUGGCAAAGACUAUUAUUAUAUGUGAUACCAUGCAUUAUGUAAUGGUAGUAAUGGACUUGGAAGGAAAUAUCUUGAAAUCCUUUGAAGAUCGUAAGAUAUUGAGCUAUCCUUAUGGAGUUUGCGUAAACUCACUGAAUGGAGAACUUUUCAUUUCGAAUUGGUCGUUAGAAGGAGUUCAAUUGUUCAAAUGA